AUGGAUAUCUCCACGAAGCCAGUGUUUUCGUUUUCAUUGAAUUAUAAAAUAUUUGAAAAGUUAGUGACAUGCGGAAAGUACGACGGUAUCCAUUCGUGUCUCACGAUGGUAACCACCGCGGAUAAGAUCCUAAUACACACGCCGCACAAACGAUACGGGCUGCAAAACUCCAAACUUUCGAUUUCGGAAAUCAAAAAUGACUUUGCACUGCUCAACAUGAACUUUCCGAUACGGGCCAUCGUGGCCGGACGUUUGAAGAAGGACGACGAACGUGACAUUCUGGUGAUUGGAAGUCCUUCACACGUUUUAGCGUACCAUGUGGAUGAAAACUGUAACAUGUUCCAACGAGACUUUCACGAGGGCGUUCGAUCGGCAACGAUCGGAUCCUAUGCUGGUCGGCCGGGCAACACCUUGAUUGUUGGUGGAAACGCCGUUGUCCGAGGCUACGACCAGGACGGGAACGAAGUGUUUUGGUUGAUAACGGCCGGCAGCGUCGUAUCAGUGCUGCUAAUCGACAUCGAUAAGGAUGACCAAAACGAGCUCGUGAUUGGCACGGAUGAUGGAUGCAUUCGGAUCUACAAGCAGGAAAUGCUUCUGCACGAGUUCGCCGAGGGCAACGAGAUCCAAAAUCUGGUUGCACUUCGGCCGGGGCAAUUUAUGUACAGCGUGAAAAAUGGUACGAUCGGAGUGUUUGAGGAAAAUCUGCGCCAGUGGCGCAUCAAGUCGAAGACGCGGGCCACGGCGAUGGCUACGUACGAUAUUUUGGGCUGCGAAAGCAGGCAGAUGAUCGUCGGUUGGAAGAGCGGCAAGGUGGACGUCCGGGAUCCGCGUGGCGGUAAUGUGUGGUUUAAGAUGAAGAUGAACGACUUCGUGUGCGGGAUGGCGUGCAACGACUACCGGGGAAUCGGAAUACUGGAUCUCGUCAUCGUUACCGCCGACGGAGAAAUACGAGGCUACACAACGCCAAGCGUUAAUAUGCUGACGCUGCACAACAUUGCCGACGAGGAGAUGAACAGUUUGCUGACGCAGAAGCAAAAACUUCUGCUCGAACUGAAGCACUACGAAAAUAACAUCAAGUACAACAAAGAGAUACUUGGCAGCACGAGCGAAAGCAAUCUGGUGCAGAGUGUUCCGGACAAUGUUGGGAUCAUACCUUCGAACACGCGCCUCCAGAUCGGCAUCUCGACCAGCUACGGUAGCAGCGAUAUGAAUAUUGACAUCACGGUGUCGACGAACAAUUCCACCACGAUCCGGGCGGUGCUGAUCUUUGCCGAUCAACUGUUCAAAGAGGAAACACUGAUCGCACACCUGACGAAGGAUGUGUCGCGGAUACUGAUACCGCUGAAAACCGUCAAGGACAAUGCGCAGGACAUCCACAUCAAGGCAUUCGUCGGGUACCCGAACAGUGUGCAGUUUCACGUGUUCGAACUCACCCGCCAGUUGCCCAAGUUUGCGAUGUACACCAUUCCUCACAAUCUAACGGGAUCACCGAAAAGUAUCUCCUACAUAAACAGCCUGCCCAAACCGAAGCCCGUUGGCCCGGGGGAGUGUUACGUCGAGUUUCGGAUCACGGAACGUCUGAAGCGCCUUUGCAUCUGGGUCAACCAGAACUUCCUGCUUCCGUCCGACAUCGAGUAUGUGACAGCAGACGCGGACGCCACGGAGCUGCACCUCAACCUCAUCAGCCUCCGCACGGGCAAGAGCGUGUGGCUGCACUUUAGCUACGACGGCAAGACACGCUUCUACACCGAGGACAUCGGUCUCGCCGGUGACCUCGUACAGUCGUUGGCGCAGUUUCUGAACACGGACAGCCUGAACUCCGUCGCCUGCUUCCCGGUCGUGUACGAAGAAAUUAAAGAGCUCUUCGGCAAGCUGCGUGGUCUGCAGGAAACGGAGAAGCAGAUCAACUCGGAGAUCGUGGAACAUGUGAACCAAAUCAAGAGCCAUCUCAUACGGGCCGAAGAUGCACGGUACUACAAUGGGGAGGACGUCAUCAAGCAUCACAACGGCAUGAUGGCUACCAACGAAGAUCUGGUGAAGAGCUACAAAAUCCGCCUGGCCAACACGAACGAAAUACAGCAAACGCUGAAGCGCAUCCACGGAAUUCUGUACAACGCGUCAAGGUUGAGAGCUGGCACCUUCGCCGCGGGAAUGAUCGGCAGGUUCAAGGAAGCACUUAAGACGAACAACAUCGACGCGGUACUUAAGAUCAUUGAGCUGGGUGAAAUGUAA